AAACUAUCACAGAAGAAGAAGAACCUCGAACAUUUUAUUGUGGCGGACCAACAUGGCCGUGCUCAAGAGAGGGUUAUUCUACUUUAGUUUUCUCAGGAGUUCCACUCGUGUCCUGUUGAGCGUCAAAAGACUUGCAGUCCGUAAACCGGGAAAAUGGACGAAUACUCUGUACACCAGUAUAGCGUCUUUAACCGUGGCCGGUGGGCUGUGUGCUGUACCUUUCAAACAGGUUGAAAACCUCUCUCAUGACUCCCUGAUCAGACGAGCCGUCUCUCUAGCCACAGACAGUUCAAGCACCUUUCUCUCACAGACCACCUUGGCUUUCAUAGAUGCCAUCACAGAGUAUUCAAAAGCUGUGCACACACUUAUUGCUCUCCAAAGACGAUAUUUGUCCUCACUGGAAAAAUUGACUCCAGCAGAAGAGGAUACAGUCUGGCAGGUGAUCAUUGGCCAGCGUGCAGAGGUUACUGAAAGACGAGAUCAAUGCAGGCGUUUCGAGUCAGCCUGGUUCAGUGCAGUCAAGCUGUGUGAAACUGCAGCUGAAGCAGCAUACACAUCAGGAGCGGAGCAUGCAUCCAUCACAGUGAGGACAAACAUACAGGUGGCGCAGUCGCAGGUGGAUGAGGCACGGAAACUGUCAGUGGAUGCAGAGAAGAUGUUGAUUGAGUCUGAAGUAAUGGAGAUUGAAAGGAUGGCACAAUAUGCUGCGUCCGUAGAGAAUAAUAAUGAGCAGGAAGAGAUGCCUGAGGCUUAUCUAAGAGAGGACUGAAAUACCCAGAGAUGUCAGAAAACUGAAGAAAGCAUAAAAAGACUCUUUCACAUUAAAUGAUAAGUUAAAAAAAAUCAUCCCUCCAAUGUGUUCUUUCAUUUCCAUGUGUCAUUUGUAGUAGCUCAUGCUCACAUUAGCACGUAAGCUGAAAAA